ACAGUCCUAGGGCCGGUCCUAUCUUCUAUUUUUAUUAAUGAUAUUAAAGCUGUUAACACUGAUAAGAACCUUCUAGUUAAAUUUGCUGAUGACAUAACUGUUAGUUUGCCGAUUGAGGCAAAUGUAGGCUUGGAUGAAUCUCAAAUAGAGGUCUUAUCCUUUAUUGAAUGGUCUGAGAAGAACCACAUGAAAGUCAACCUGACGAAAACAUGGGAACUUCUCUUUACGAGGUAGAACUACCAAGACGCCUCCUGAACCACUUGAGAUUAUAGGGAGGAAAGAUAAGCUGAAAUUAUUGGGUGUUACCUUUGAGCAAGUGCCAGUUAAUUGGGAUACUCAUAUUGAUUCUUUACUGAGUAAGGCUAGCAGUAGGUUGUACAUUUUAAGAAUAUGUAAAUAUUAUGGAUACUCUAAGGAGAAUUUGGACUUACUCUUUUAA